AUGAUACCUUGCUCUGAUGAUGUUCGUCAUACGACGGACAAAAGCUUAGCACCUUUUCACCGGAAUCGAAGGAGAUUACCUCGGAAACAGCCUCAGCAUGAAUCUUACAGUAAAGCCAAUCGACAACUGGUCAAGAGGGAUCCGCCGUCGUCUUCUGGUGGAAUAGACCUUGGAAUCUCUUCACCAAACACUUUUACUCGAAACGGAAAAUCUUUCUCUGAUGAUGUCUGUCACUGUACAGACGAAAGCUUUGCACAGUUUCAUCGGCGAUGCAGGACGGUGAGCCGAAGACUUCUUCGCACAAUUCAACAGUCUUCCUUACGCGACAAUCCUCCGUCGGUUUCCGGUCAGAUCACAUCACAGAUUCCUUCCAACCAACUUUCCCUUUGA